UCCCUCCGCCGCUCAGACACACACACACACACACACACACACACGCCGUCAACAUGCCUGAAGCAUGACACGAAACUGGUUUAUCUGGGCGACGGAGACAUGCGAGAGCAAAAACCCUGGACCAGUAAACACCUGGACUGAAAGAGAGACGCGGCGGAGGAGACAGACAUGGAGUGAAUAAAAACUACAGCAGCAACGAAAACAGCCACGAAUGAAAACAGAAAAAAAGAAUGACUGACGGGAAGCGUCGCUGACGGGAAGCAGAUAUCAACGAGACAACAGCAUGGCACGUCGCUCGCAGUGUUCGUCUGCGGGGGAUAACCCCAAUCACCCCAACUACCUCCCUCCUCACUACCGGGAAGAGUAUCGCCUGGCUAUUGACGCACUGGUCGAGGAGGACUUGGAGGGAUACUAUCAGUUCCUCCAAAAAGCAGAUGUGGUGGACUUUCUGUGCACGCCUGAAAUUCAGCACAUUCAGAACUCAGUUCACAUUCCACACCAGAGCGGCCACCCCGAGCAGCAUUUUCUGGAAGUCGGGGAAGAUGGCUCCUCGGACACAUACUGGCCGCUUCACUCUGACCUGGACGCCCCGGGUUUGGACCUCGGCUGGCCUCAGAUGCAUCACUUCCUGGGUCCCACAGAGGUCACCACUUUGGUAAACCCUCCUGAACCGGACAUGCCGAGCAUUAAAGAUCAGGCCCGACGACUUAUAAAGAAUGCCCAGCAGGUCAUUGCAAUAGCAAUGGACAUGUUUACCGAUGUGGACAUGUUCGCGGAUAUUCUCAAUGCGGCCAUGAGAAACGUUGCAGUGUACGUCAUUCUGGAUGAGCUGAACGCACAUCACUUUGUUGACAUGGUGUCCAACUGCAGAGUAAAUCUACAGAGCAUUCAAUUUUUACGAGUGAGAACAGUGCCUGGCAUCACGUAUCAGUGCCGCUCAGGAAAAUCCUUUAAAGGUCAGAUGAUGGAUCGUUUCCUGUUGACUGACUGCAGGGCAGUUCUGAGUGGAAACUACAGCUUCAUGUGGUCUUAUGAGAAGCUCCACCGGUGUAUGGCACACCUAUUCCUUGGACAGCUGGUGACAACUUUUGAUGAGGAGUUUAGGAUCCUGUAUGCUCAGUCGCAGCCGCUGAUUAUCGAAAACAUGCCUGGUCCAAUGGAAGGCUUAGGCCAUUCCCAAAAGAGGCAGUACCCAAGCGAGCGAAGGCCACUCUACAGAGAACCAAAGAAAUUUCUGGACACCGGUCCCCCAGCUGAGUGGGCCAGACAUUCUUACGAUGAAGGAGAUUGGGGGAUGCCUCAUAAAAAGCAGGACCAGCCGCGUGGACCAGCAGAUUUAUACAGCAGAUUCCCUUCCCAGCAGUUGCGCAUGGAUCCACCCUUUGAUCAGGGUUCCUCCAGGACUCCUAUGAUGGAAAACCCUGCUUUUAAACGUCACUCUUAUGCUGAAGGUGUUCAUGGUAGAUACUCUACGCAGUUCUUGCCGCCACAGGGAAUGCCAGACUCUGAGUUCCAUGGAAGACGGUUUACCAAGGGGCAGCAGCCUCAUCCAGGACCAGGGCGGGAAGCAGAUUACACUGCUCAUGACAAGUUCUGGAACCAAGAUUAUCUCUCAACAGAUCAGUACCCAGAACCUGGUCUACCACAAGAUCUUGUAUCGCCCGAUGGCUUUGACCCUGUUCUUAACUAUUUAUCAUCUGCCGAACCUGUAGACUUUGACCAGGGCUCAGAGAAACUACUUGCAGCAGAUAUGCCUUUUGGUUCAGCUCAUCCCAGAAGACCGAGUUUAGGCCAGCCGUAUGCCUGUCAGACUUCUCCUACCCCUUCAAAUCCCACUGAACAAAAACGUUUUUUCCAAGACUUCACCUCCGACCGAAAAGAUCCUGCAGUGAAACGGGGUUUGAGAAACUGGAGAAUUAGCUCAUACCUCAGUGCGUACGAUAAUCCUGGAGAAGAAGGUCUUCCAAUGGCACCGCCUCAAGCGUCGGAUCCCUUCGAAGAGCCCUCGUACCCGAUACAGCAAACGGCAUCAAGAGUCGACUUGUCACUUCCAAAGAUUCCGAAUGUCCGAGAGUUUAAAGUCCCUGCUGUGCCAAGAGCAAGUCACAUACCAAGUUACGUCAAAACACUUACAAAAGAGCAGCCAAAGCAAGCAGUUGAGGAGCCUGCCCCACUGACUGUCACCAAAACAACGCCAACGCCUUCAGAGUCUUCGUCCACAACGGAUGGAGAAAAAAUUGAGGAGGCAGAGCAACGAGAGCCAAAGCUGUCUGCUUUGCGAAGAGAGGAUUCUUUUCGUAGGAAAUAUAAUGCUGCACAACCAAGGAGUUCCAGGUUAAGAUCCUCUUUGAUUUUCAGCUCUCUUGAUCAGCAGAACACUUCUCCAGAUACUAAAUCAAAUGAGCAAGAUGAGGAAGGUGACAAAAAUGAACCUGAACAGGCAAAGUUACCCAUUCUUUCUCAACUUUUGGGACAAAGAAGGUCUUCGUCGAGAGAACCUAUUGAAUGGAGUCGGUUCAUAAAAUCAGCAACUCUUGAUCACUCGUCCUCAGAAACCUCAAAACCUGGUGAAGGAGACAGUAAAGCAGGCGAAAAAGACAAAGAAUUGCCAGAGGAAGACAAUUCGAAGGAACUGUCAGAAAACCCAAAAGCAGAAGAAUUAUUAAAACAGCCAGAUGUAGAACAAAUCAAAACCAAUGAAGCAGCAUCUCAGCCUCCAUUGUUUAACCUUCCAGCAUUUGUAGAUAUGAGUGAUCCCGAUAACCGGCUCAUGUUUUUCAAAGAGUUGGCUGCAAAACGCAAAGCUGCCAAAGCCGCAGAAGCAGAAAAGAAUAAAGAAAAGUCGUCAGUGAAGCCAUCAGCUGAUGUAAAAAAUGAGGCUGCUGUCAUAAAAGAGGGGUCUGAAGCAAAUGAGCCCACAGCAAACACAGCUCAAUCAUCUGAGCGCUCAGUAGAAAAAAGUGGCCCUGCAGAAAAUGUAGGAGAAGUGGUUUCCACGCUCAGUAAAGAGGAUUCUGUUUCAAAGGAAUCCUUGGAAAACAUGGCUUCAGCAUCGGAAGGUUUGUCAGAACAACAUGCUGCUGCAGAGAGUGCUGUGAAAACGGUAUCCACAGAAGUGCAUAAAUCAGAUUGUCCAUCUUUAGAUGCCACUGAACAGACGGUCAACCUUGAUAAUUAUGUGAAAAAUGCAGACUCAGAUGCCACCCCAAGCAUUAAACCAGAACAAACCAAAGUUUCAUCUGAUUCAAAAAUCAGUGAACAGAAGAACAGCAGUACAGCUGAAGUUCUUCCAGAAAAGGAAAAAUUGAAGUUGCUCGAAGAACCAACUUUAUCAAACCCUGCAGGCAAAGCGGCUGUACCUGGUCUUUCCCCUGCACCAACAGAUUCUACUUCACCUAAUCUUACUACUCUUGUACAAGGUACAGAAAAAAGUGAAAACUUGAGCAUUGAUUCUACCUCAGAGGAGUGUCACUCUGUCAAAUCUAGUGCUGUAGUGGAAACUGCGUCCCCUGUGUUGGAUUCUAACCCCCCAGACUCAGUUCAAUCAGACACCAACGUAAGCUCUUCUCUGCUACCUAAACCAGACACUGUAUCACAAAUCAGUUCCUCCAACCCAUCGGUGAAAAUAUCUUCCUCUGACACAAGUACCACGCUGUCCGAUCCAAAGCAAGCUGGGUCUUCUGAUAUUAACACAAAAAUUUCCAGUUCAAGUCCAGCCCACAGCAUACUCCCCCCAAAUGUUUCUACAGAAAAAACACAGGAGACUGUGAGCUCCUUGCCACAAGAAUCUGGUCAGUCAGCGGUGCAAACCCCACAAAAAUCUGAAACUUUGAAUGCACAAACUCCUCUAGACUCUAGUUUACAGGUUGCAGCAUUUGAGGCUUCUUCAGCAAUUGAUUCUGCACAGAGAGAAUCUGAAAUUUCUUCUGAUGUGCACGCUGCUUCAGAACCCAGCACGUCCUCAUUACAGUCCACCACAACAUCAGAGCCUGAAGAGGUUUCUGGCGUUUCACCCUCGCCAAAAGAAUCACAGAAAGAUGUAAAUAAUGCAAAAGAUGAAGUUUGUGAGUCAGAAAAACACACUCUUAAAGUGGAAAAAGCUGAUUCGGAUUUGCAUCAAAAUGUUUCUAAACCAGAAAAUGGUGAUUCUGUUAAUGAUAUUUCUGAAUCAGUUAACAGUGUUUCUGCUCCUCAAGAAGUUUCUGUUUCAACUAAAGAGAGCAAAGAAUCAGAAAAGGAUGAGUGUCUAUCGCAGAACAGUGUCCCUAAAACGGAAGGUAUUUCUGCAUCAGAAGUUGUUUCUUAUUCAGGAAAUGAUGCUUCUGAGUCAGAGAUUUCCUCUCUGAAUCCUGUUGCAGAUGAUUCUGAGGCUAGUGUUUCAACAGAAGACAUCGAGGCUAUUAAUGUGUCUCCUGGUCUUAGCCCUUCUGUGUCUGACUCUGGUUCACUUCCAGUGAAAAGCCCAGCUCCCGAACCUGACUUGAAAGAGACCUCAACUGUAUCCACUCCAGAACUGACUCCAACUCACAAUUUGCCUUCAGAAACAGCCUCGUCUGUGAAAACUGACAUAGCUGUGAAUGUUUCCCAGUCGGAAACAACUGCCUCUUCUCAAGAUGCACCGAAACAGGCAGCCCCUCCUUCUGACCUUGAGGCGACAGGAUUAAAUGUGUCAUUACAAAGUAUCUCUGACACAGUGUGCCCUGCUAGUGAGACUCCAACAGAUUCAGACGAAGGUCCACAACACCCAUCAGGAAGCUCACCUUCCAGCCCAGCUGAGCCUACCUCUAAAGAAGCGGUGGCGGUUAAUCCACCAAGCAGCACACCUGAUGUGGACACUUCUGAAAGUCAAACCUCGAAGCCAGCUGUAGCUUCUGAAAAUGAAAAACCGGGGACAGACGAAGAAAAAUCAAGUGAUACGAAGAGCACAAAUAAGAUUGAAGGAGAUAGCAGCCAGGAUUCUGUCAGCAGCGGAAAAACAAAUGAUCAAGCAAAGCAAAUCAUCUGCCCCGAACCAGCUGAGGUGACGACCAAGCAGCCCAAAUCAAGCCAGCCUCGCUACCAUGCGUCAACAGCCAAUGUGCUCUCAAGCAGCAACCUCAGAGACGACACCAAGCUGCUCCUGGAGCAGAUUUCAGCCCAAAGCCAAACCAGGGGCGAGACCACCAAAGAGUCGCCUGUCACUGAUGAUGAGAAGGAGGACGAAGCUGAUAAACUUGCCAAAAGAGAGAAGGAAAGAGGCAUCAGGUCUCUUAACAAAGGCCAGGACAAGCCGGCUCCAGAGCGUGAAAAGCUGCUCGAGAGAAUUCAGAGUAUGAGGAAGGAGAGGAGGGUUUACAGUCGGUUUGAGGUAUGAAUAACAUACUGUUAGCCAUUUUAAAAAUAGUAUGCCUUUGUUGUAAUUGCUCCUUUUGUGCCUAUACUGCUUUGACCAAUGGCUCCAUAGAUGUAUCCGAGGAAAGCUAAGAAACUGAAUACCGUCUGGAGUAAAAUGUACUAAAAAAACUAAAAACGAAGAGGGUGGGGGUUCAUAUGACAGAAGUGGGAUUUUUCUUAGAUGUUUUUUUUUCCAGCACCUCUGAACAUUCGAACAGUGAAGCGACCAGUAAUAUAUAAAGCAGUUUCAUGUGUCUGUUCAACAAAGAGCUUCCAGCUUAAAGUAAUUCACAGUAUCCUCGCCCAUGUAUAAAGUUCAUGGACCAAGACUUUUAAGAGCUCACUUGUGUUUUUUUACUGACUGCUUGGGUAAAGUGCAAUGCGUGCCACAGAUGGUGACGGUGAACAGGCCCGUCCCUACCAUUUUUUUUUUUUUUUAAACACCACUGACUGCAAUGUCGGCUGGUUUUAUGACACCUGAUGCUAUAUGCUCACUGUAAAAUACUGUAGUUUGUAUUGUAUCAUUGCAGGAUUUUGAUAAAAAUCUUUUUCUUGCAUAUGCAUUUCUUUGAAAGGAGUGAAUAUGUAAACUCAUAUCUGUGCUGAUGUAGAGGAUCUGUAACUGUAUUUUUUUAAACAUGAAACUGUUAAAUGAUGAUCAAAUCUGACUCUGAAGCAGAACAGCCUAUUGUCGUGUAAUUUAGGUUUGUACUAUUGAAAAGGCAAGCCGUUUAUAAUGAAUGUCAGUUUUUAAGGUUGGCUUAGAGUCGCCUUAUAUAAAUUCAGAAGGUAACAAAGGAAUUCAUUGGCAUGGUUUGAGAAACAAACUACCUGACAAUUCUAAUUUGCUGGAGGCAGCCUCGUCUUAAAAAUGUGCCUUAUCUCUUGUUUGUGAAUAAAAUGUUUUUAUAUCUUAAUGUUGAAAUAAGGAACUUCUGUUAUUUACACGAUGGCCUGUGCACUCAUUUAUGUUUUUUGUAGAUUCUCACGUGUUCUCAGCAGCACUGCCCACUUGUAAAUAAAAUUUCAUAAUUUUAUUGGGG